UAUUUGACAUUUACUAUAUUAACAACAUUCACGAUUAAAGGGAAAGGGGUUAGUCAGGAAUACUAUUAUCUGGAAAUUUGUUAAAAAUACAAAAGCUUCAUACAAUUGAGGAAAAAAAAUGGCAUCAUCAGGUAGUCAAGCUCCAAAGUCCUUAUUAAGCCAAAUUGGACUAAAACCUUUCACUCUAAACAAUGUUUUAUAUUAUUAUGCUCCAAUGCAGGGGGUCGCAAGUUAUGCGGCUUUAUCAGUGAAUGUUAUGAAUCCCCCGUUAUUAGUACGAGCAUUUCCCAAACGUGAUUUAACAAAUUUAUUACUAUUCAACACAUUGGCUGGAGCUGGUUUAUAUAUUUAUAGUCGACCACAUCUUCAAAAAACAAAUGGUAAAGAUAGAAUUGUGUUUAGCGCUUUAGGAGCUUGUUUAUAUUGUUUUGGAUCAGUACUUAUAUGGGCAAUUGGACGUAGCGUAUUACCAAGAAAUUUAGUGUUAUGUACAGUUGCUGGUAUUGGAUCUGGUCUAGUAAUCACAAAACUUGGUCGUGAUUAUUUAAGUUUGGUUGAUAGUCAAACAGCAGCCACACGACACUAAAUCUAUUUUAAUAAUUUGUUGUGAUUUUAAUGUUUCUAUUUGGUUGGUAAU